GCUACUUGAUAACCGAGACGAGGUUUCUUAACAAAGAAGGAUCGUGAAAUUUGCAAGUGUUCAGAAAUAUACAUUGUCCUGUUUUCAAACACCAAGUCUAAGUGCAUUGAAGCCCAUUUUGCAGAGAAAACAAAAGAUAAUAUAUAGUAAUCUAUAAGAGCAUUAAUAUCAAUAUGAAAGCAAACAAAAUAUCUAUAAAAGAUUAAGGGAUCAGAUAUUAAAAACAUUCAUGGAAGAACACAAAUUUUGGAAAAUAUAAACAUUACAUCUGAAUUUAUGCAGAUUUAAUAGAACAUGUUUGUUAUAUAAAUAUAAAUAGGAACAUAAUCAUUUGUUGCUAGCUAGAAUUUGAUCAUUAAAUGCUAGUUAGAGCCCUUGGUUAGCUGCCUAUAGAUAAAAGAAGUGUAUUGUAUUUUCCACUGACUAAUAGAAGUAUAUUGUUCAGUUCAUUGAUCUCUCUGUUUCUCUUGUCUGUCUCUCUUUAUCCUUUAUGGUCUGUUCUUUUUCCCUCUUCCUCGCUUUCCCUUUCUUUCUUUCUCUUUUCCACCUAAAUCCUUUAUCUAUAAAGUUGAUAGUAGCAUUCAUGAUGAAGAAGCUUCUGACUUGAGUUUUGACUUGAGCUUCUCAGUCAGAAUGUUUGACCGGGCGUGGAUGUUGAUAAUAAUGACGACGGUUGCAACUUCAGUGCUCAUGGUUAGGUCAUUUCCCGAAGCUGAUAAGGUAAAAUCCUUGCCCGGCCAGUCAGAUGUUUCCUUCCAACAAUUUGCUGGCUAUGUAGCAGUGGAUGACAAUAAUAACAGAGCUCUCUUCUACUAUUUUGUUGAAGCACAAACCAACCCUGCUUCCAAGCCUCUAGUUCUCUGGCUAAAUGGAGGGCUGGGCUGUUCAUCCGUUGGAGUUGGAGCCUUCACCGAACAUGGUCCUUUUCUUACAAAUCAAGGACAGGCUAUCGUUCAAAACCAGUAUAGCUGGAACAAAGUGAAAGACAAUCCAUCUCUUUCCUUGGCAGUGGCAAACAUUUUGUACGUUGAGUCACCGGCAGGUGCUGGAUUCUCUUACUCUCUCAAUUUGUCGUUUUAUAAAACAGUGAACGAUAAGGUCACAGCCCGAGACAGUCUGGUUUUCCUGCAGCGCUGGUUUGCCAAGUUCCCAGAAUACACAAAUAGAGAUUUCUAUAUAACAGGAGAGAGUUAUGCAGGUCACUAUGUUCCUCAACUUGCUGAACUCAUUGUUAAGAGUAAAGUGAAUUUCAAUCUAAGGGGCAUAGCACUAGGAAACCCCCUUCUGGAUUUGGACACUGAUAUGAAUGCAGUUGAUGAAUAUUACUGGUCUCAUGGAAUUAUUAGCGAUUAUGCUUACAAAAUCAGUACCUCUCUAUGUAACUCGUCAAGAAGAUAUAGAGAAAACUUUAGUGGCCAUCAUUCUACUGAUUGUCUUGUUGCAGCUCAAAAAGUAUCGGAAGAAUAUUCUUCUACACUUCUCAUUGACAAAUAUUAUGUCAUUGGUGACAGAUGUCUUUCAUACAAUCUUUCUCAGGCAAGUUUUCUUAGUGAAAUGCUAAAUUUAGGAACGUUUCGCCUUAGGAAGUCGUCCCAUAAUGUGCAGCAAAUUGAAGAUCCUACUGACCAGAUGAAGCAGCCAAUUGAUGAGUGUAAUCUGAAAUAUUCAGAGAUGUACUUGAACAGAAAAGAUGUGCAGAAAGCCCUCCAUGCUCGCCUGGUGGGAACUACCGAUUAUCGUUUGUGCAACAAGAUUUUACAAACAAAUUAUGAGCGAUCGGACAUAGAGAUCCCAACAACUGAUGUUAUAGGCUUCCUUGUAAAAUCAGGUCUUCGAGUCACGGUUUACAGCGGGGAUCAAGACUCUGUGGUUCCAUUCAUGGGCACGAGAAGAUUGAUUGACGGACUGGCCAAGAAACUGGCACUUAAAACAACCCUGCCUUACACUCCCUGGAUUCUCGACAACCAGGUUGGAGGAUGGACACAAGUUUAUGGCAAUCAAGUGACGUAUGCGACAAUAAGAGGAGCCUCACACGAAACUCCAGCUACCCAACCAAGGAGAUCUUUUGUAUUGUUUAAUGCGUUUGUUGAAGGAAAACCACUCCCUAAAGCAUCAUAAUUCAAUAUGCUUGCUCAAUUGGUUCCCUAAGAGAACAACUGUCAUAUUAAUUUACCACUAUUCUUUCGGAUAUGUUUCUCCCAAAAUGCCGUUACCCAACAAAAAUAUGAAGUCAAAUUAGAAUAAUUUUUUUUAUAAA